AUGGUUAAAACUAAUAUAAUACCCAAAGAAUCACUUGAUAAUCUUGAACAUGAAUACGGAUUAUUAAAACUCAUUUUUCACAGAAAUAAAAAUCAACAUAGAGUAACAACAUGGUGGAAACAUUUAAAUCAAUUGAAAAGAUAUCUAACAAAAUUAAUAUCAUUAAUACAUUCAUACAAUAAAAUUUUUAAUCAAACUACCAAAACCAAAUUAUUAAGCAUUGCAAGACAUUUAUAUUUCAAAUUGUGUAAAAGUGCUUAUAGAUCUUUCAAUGGGAUUGUGGCAUUAGGACAAUUUAUUACUUUAGGGUUAACACUUAUUGGUAUUUUGGGGAAAAUUUAUCAUGAAUUAGGUAUGAUUGAUGGGAUACGUGAUAAGGAGAAUAAAAAAGUGAGGAAUGAGGUUGGAAGUUUGGAUAAGGGUGAUGUGGUUGAUAGGGGGUUUGGUUAUGGUGAUGAUGUUGGUGAGGAAUUAGGUGAGGAAUUGGGUGAAGAAGUUGGUACAGUUGAACAAAUUCAUAAUGAGGUUGAGAAGAAAAGAAAAAGCUCAAAUCAAGAAUUACCUAAAAAGAAGAAGAAGAAGGAGAAUGAGUUAGGUGAUUUGAAGGUUUCAAAAGGUUUAAAGACUAAAGAGAAAAUAAGUGGGAAAAAUAAUGGGAAAGUUGAUAAAUUAAAAAAAAAGAAGAAGAAGAGUGCUAUUGAUGAUAUAUUUGGAUAA